AUGGCGGAGCAUGUUGUCUCGAUUGAGAUUCACAAUGCGGUGAAUGGUGAGCAGCUGGCUUCCUUUGAGAUGAAAACCACCGACUCCCUCAAGGAGCUAUACCUGCGUGUCAAAGCUCUGGUGCCGUCGUCCGGCAGAGCUGCGAUGCCGCUGCUGCUGUUCGAAGGGCAGCAGUUGGCAGCGACCUACAGUUCGAUUGGAUCGGCUGGGAUCUUGGUUCCUGGCCCCGUUGCACUGACCUUGGUCUGGAGUGUUGAGCCCGCGGACUUGACCAACCUGGGGGAUGUGGACAUUUCGGCCGAAGGGUACCAUUGCCAUGAUACCCAUCUGGUACGAGUUUGUUCACCAGAUCCAGGUACUUUCUAUAUGUCGUGGCAGCGGUCCUAUAAACGAGAAUCAGGAAGUUUCCAUGCAGAACGAGAGCGCCUCCGGACUCUGGGUCCAUCUCCAAUGGGUACUGAUGUCCAUGAGGAUGUGGUGGUGGACGUUGUUGCAGAAGCUGCGAAACCUAAGGAUAGGUCACGCGGACUGUCGGUCCUGACAGAACCAAGUGGCCGGAGAGAAGUGGAUUGUUCCAUUCUGGGGGUUUUCAAUGGCAUUCUCCUCGUGAGUGUCUGUCGCGAAUCCGGAAGCGCGGUUCAUGGCGAUGCAACGAUGGAACUCGUGGAGAAGUUGGAUGGUGUAUCAAAACGUGUGUUAUGGCGUCAAGAGGAGGAUACGAAACUGAUGGACGCGUAUGGUGGAAAGCUUAAACUCACCGAGAUGUGGGUUGUCCAUGACAAACUCAUUGUAGCAGCGGUGAGGUUCUGCGAUGAUGGGACCAAGCCAGACAUUCUACUUCAAGGCGACCUUGACAUGGAAGCUGGUCGCAUCUCCUUUUCCAAUUGGCUUGAGAUGGACGACAAAAGCUUUCGUUGUCAAUCGAGUUUUCGGCCCGACAUCCGAAUGAUCGGUGCUGAUGAUGCGAAGAAACAUCUAUGGUUCCAAGUUGAUCGAGGUCAGUUCACCCUGGUCUCUUUGGAGACUUUCGAGCUGCAAAGUGUCCUUUGUCCCGAGCUGGAACCUUCCGUUGACCUGGGAGAGCGUCGCCUGGUCCGGUGCGUCCUGGACCCCGUGACGGAAGAUUUGUAUUUCUUGGUGGACAUGGCGUUGACAAGCUUUCGCUCCAGAUGGUCCACACCUUCCUGUGCAAUCUACCGUUUGCGUGCUCAGCCAUCGAGCGACGGAACAGCGCCGCCAUGCUAUGAAGAGUCCAGCUAUGAGUUGAUCUGCUGGGGAGACUUGGGCAUCGACGGCUUUUCGGACAGCUUCUGCAUCUCCCAGCAGUGCUACGACGCUGCCAGCGACUCCCUCCUGAUCUUCGAUGCCGCCGGGAGGCUCUGGAGCGUGUCCUUCAACCAAGCGAGGUUUCCGGAGGCAAGGAGACAUCGUUGGGACUCUGUCAGCGAUGGAUUCGAGUCCAAUGCUGAUGGAGUCGAUAGCUAUGACAUUCAUGACUGGGACAUCGAGCCUGUUCCUGAUCAAUGGGAAGCGGAUCGUUUUGCAGCGGAAGAGGCCAAAGAGGCCUUGGCAAAGAGCAACGAUGACAUGGUGGAAGCUUUAGCCUUUCUGGCGCAGCGCCACAAGAAACGACGCCGGAACGACCUGGAAGCGGAAGGGCCAUCCAGGGAGAGCCUGGAGGUGGAGGGCAUCCAAUGCGCUCUGACGCCGGAGGACGAGCUGGUGAUGUUGCUCCCGGGCGAUGCCCACAGCGUGGGCCCCGUGGUGGGCCGGCGCCUGGGCGACGGCAGCCUGCGCUUCGACGGCAUGGACGACUGGUUGGGGGAACUCUACGAGGGCCACAAACCCAGGGCCAUCCCAGGUCUUUUGCCCUGCUUCGACCUGGAUGCGGCCGUGGCUGCCUUGGAGGAUGGUGCGCCCUACGUCUGGGACGGCUUCGCUGAUGUCACUGAGAUCCGCGCGGCGAACGCGGCGCUGGAAGAGAUGUUCCGAAGGCGGCAGCUGAGCCGCGGCUCCGGGCUCUGGGUGGACGAAUGCACCGAGGGCGGCCACGCGCGCAACCGCAAGGCCCUGGAGACGCAGAAACGCGACGACACCUGUGGUUUCUGGGAUGUCCAAGGGGGCUCUCCGGCUCCCCCCGCGCCGGUGCUGUUGCUCUUUCAACGUCUGGAAGCGGCCGCAGAAAGGUUCCGGAGCGCCUACGGUUGGCCCCUGCUGUGCUCGCGCCUGGGCAUGGCGGCCGUCUACGAUGGGCAGGGCGCCUGCUAUGAACAGCACCGGGACAACGAGUGGCAACGACACCUGACCUCUCGGACACCCAAAGGUUUGUUGCCCAAAAGUGGCAGCGAAGCCAAGCAAAGACGGCUGGACUUCGGUGAUGUUCCUAGUGGGGCCUGGAUGAAUUUCCGGGAGCUGACCAUGUUGGCCUAUGUGAAUUUGCCAGAGGACUUUGGAGAUCAUCCCAAGGGGCGUCAGAAUGGCGGCCGCUUAAGGUGCUACGUGAACACCAAACGUGGCGACCUGAAAGGCGAUACGGCACGUGAGCUCAAGGAAUUCCCCCGCGGGACUUGGAACCUGUCGGCGGCCGUGCCGUGA